AUGGCAAAUAUAGCUAGAGAGCUUUUAAAAAAACAAUUUAUUGAGCUAACCAGAGAUCAUAAUGCUGGUUUUUCUGUGGGGUUGGUAGAUGAGUCUAAUUUUUUUGAGUGGAAUGUGUGUUUUGAAGGUCCAAAAAAUACUUUAUAUGAAGGAGGCAUAUAUAAUGCUACUCUUUCUUUUCCUUCUGAUUUUCCAAAUCACCCUCCUCAAAUGAAAUUCACCCAAGAAAUGUGGCAUCCCAAUGUUUUUCCUGAUGGGAGAGUGUGUAUAAGUAUUUUACACCCCCCAGGUGUCGAUAUUUAUAACGAACAAGAAAAACCAGAAGAAAGGUGGAGACCUAUAUGGUCAGUUGAAGGUAUUCUUGUCAGUGUCAUUUCGAUGUUAAAUGAACCCAAUUUAGAAUCACCUGCUAAUGUUGAUGCAGCGGUGCAAUUAAAAAAUAAUAUACAUGAAUACAAAAGCAAGGUUAGAGCUUUAGCAAGAAUGUGUUAA